GGAGGGGAAAACAAUUUAUCUGUGUUUUGAUAUCGAUGACAGGGAUUUUUUUUUUAUCGGAAUAACGGUGUCGUCGAGCAGCCGAUGCAUUAAUUAGAGCUUUAGGGGGGAACAUGCCUCGCAGGUUCUAGGCUUCAGGUAGAGCGCGGUCUGACAGCUCCGGCGCAAAAAAACAGCCCCGAAAACCCCCCCAACUUGCUCUUUCUCUUGCAGCUCUAUCCGCACAUUUGGUUUCUUUCAAACCUCCGGAUGACAUGAUGCUGCAGCUGAUUCACCACCAGGCUUCGAGAAAGGGGCUGAUGCUAUAGCUGUUACUGUGGAUGGUACAAACCUAAAGACCAAGUAGCUGCAGGAUGAAAACAUGGCUUUACCCCUUAUUGCACCGCCAGGACCUAAUAGCUACAAGAAGUUUACUGUGGAAUCUUUGGCAAUCAUUGAGCAGCGCAUCGCUGAGGAGAAAAACAAGAAGCCACCCAAGCAGGACAGCAGCUACCGUGACGACGAUGACGAGAACAAGCCAAGGCCCAACACCGACCUGGAGGCUGGGAGGAGCCUGCCCUACAUCUACGGGGACAUCCCUAAAGGAAUGGUGGCUAUACCAUUGGAGGACCUGGACCCAUUCUACCUGAACUCUCAAAAAACAUUUAUAGUGCUAAAUAGAGGGAAGACAAUCUUCCGUUUUAGUGCCACACCUGCCUUGUACUUCAUACAACCUUUAAAUCCGGUUAGGCGAGUAGCUAUUAAAAUUUUGAUACAUUCUCUUUUCAGCAUGAUCAUAAUGUGUACUAUUUUGACCAACUGUAUAUUCAUGACCUUUAGUGAUCCUCCCGAGUGGUCAAAACAAGUAGAGUACACAUUCACAGGAAUUUAUACAUUUGAGUCGCUUGUAAAAAUCACAGCACGAGGGUUCUGUAUAGACGGCUUUACAUUCCUCAGAGAUCCAUGGAACUGGCUGGAUUUCAUGGUCAUUUCGAUGGCAUAUAUAACAGAGUUUGUGGACCUGGGCAAUGUAUCUGCGCUGAGAACAUUCAGAGUUCUCCGAGCAUUGAAAACUAUCUCUGUCAUUCCAGGACUGAAGACCAUCGUCGGCGCCCUCAUCCAGUCCGUGAAGAAGCUCUCGGAUGUGAUGAUCCUGACCGUCUUCUGCCUGAGCGUCUUCGCCCUCAUCGGCCUCCAGCUCUUCAUGGGCAACUUGCGGCACAAGUGUGUGGUCUGGCCGAUCAACAUCACCGAGAACUACAUGUCCGGCAGCGGCAAGGGCUUCGACUGGAAAGAGUACAUCAUGAACGACACCAACUUCUACUUCAUCCCUGGCCAGUUAGACGCUCUUCUCUGUGGGAACAGCUCUGACUCUGGCCGCUGCCCGGAGGGAUUCACAUGCAUGAAAGCUGGGAGGAAUCCGAAUUAUGGCUACACCAGCUUUGACAGCUUCGGCUGGGCCUUCCUGGCUCUCUUCCGACUCAUGACACAGGACUUCUGGGAAAACCUCUACAUGCUGACCCUGAGGGCGGCGGGUAAGACCUACAUGAUCUUCUUUGUGCUGGUGAUCUUUGUGGGAUCUUUCUACUUGGUGAAUCUCAUCCUGGCUGUGGUGGCCAUGGCUUAUGAAGAGCAGAACCAGGCCACCAUGGAGGAGGCCAUUCGUAAGGAUGAGGAAUUCAAGGCCAUGCUGGAUCAGCUCAAGAGACAGCAGGAGGACGCCCAGACUGCUGCCAUGGCAACCUCUGCAGGCACAGUGUCAGAGGAUGCGGUGGAGGAUGACGGAGGGGGGCAUCUCUCGUGCAGCUCCUCUGAGAUGUCGAAACUCAGCUCCAAGAGCGCCAAAGAGCGUCGCAACCGUAAGAAGAAAUGGCGGCAGAAAGAGCAGGACAAGGAGAAAUGCGACAGCGAGAAGUUUGUCAAGUCAGAGUCAGACGACGGCAGCAAGAGGAGCCGCUUCCGUUUCCCUGAUAACCGGCUGGGUCGAAAGUCUUCCAUUAUGAACCAGUCCCUACUCAGCAUACCCGGCUCGCCUUUCCUGUCCCGCCACAACAGUAAGAGCAGCAUCUUCAGUUUCAAGGGCCGCAACAAGGACGUGGGUUCAGAGAACGAGUUCGCCGACGAUGAGCACAGCACGGUGGAGGAGUGCGAGGACCGCCGGGGCUCCCUGUUCAGCCCGUACCGGCGGAACAGCUACAGCGGCUUCCACGGAAAGAGGAACAGCACGGUGGAUUGCAAUGGCGUGGUGUCGCUCAUCGGCCCUGGGCCCGGUGGACGCCUUCUGCCUGAGCCGACUACUGAGGUUGAGGUGAAGAAGAAGCUGUCGGGCUCCCUGAUGGUGUCUGUGGACCAGCUCAAUACCUCCUUUGGGCGAAAAGAGCGGGCCAACAGUGUCAUGAGCGUCAUUACCAACACACUAGUGGAGGAACUGGAGGAGUCUCAGCGCAAGUGUCCGCCAUGCUGGUAUAAGUUUUCUAACACAUUCCUGAUCUGGGAGUGCUCCCCCCAAUGGAUUAAGAUCAAGGAGAUUGUGAACCUGAUAGUCAUGGACCCCUUCGUGGAUUUAGCCAUCACCAUCUGCAUCGUCCUGAACACCCUCUUCAUGGCCAUGGAGCACUACCCCAUGACCCCCGACUUUGAGCACAUGCUGUCUGUGGGCAAUCUGGUUUUCACGGGGAUCUUUGCAGGGGAGAUGCUUUUCAAGCUGGUUGCUAUGGAUCCAUAUUACUACUUCCAGGAAGCUUGGAACUGUUUUGACGGAUUCAUUGUGACGCUGAGUUUAGUGGAGCUGGCUCUGGCUGAUGUCGAAGGCCUGUCUGUGCUGCGGUCAUUCCGAUUGCUGAGAGUGUUUAAGCUGGCCAAGUCAUGGCCAACCCUCAACAUGCUGAUCAAGAUCAUUGGUAACUCGGUGGGAGCCCUGGGGAACUUAACUCUGGUGCUGGCCAUUAUCGUCUUCAUCUUUGCUGUGGUGGGCAUGCAGCUGUUUGGGAAGAGCUACAAAGACUGUGUGUGCAAGAUAGCCAAGGAAUGUGAGCUGCCCCGCUGGCACAUGAACGACUUCUUCCACUCCUUCCUGAUCGUCUUCCGGGUGCUUUGCGGCGAGUGGAUCGAGACCAUGUGGGACUGCAUGGAAGUGGCGGGCCAGGGCAUGUGCCUCAUCGUCUUCAUGAUGGUCAUGGUCAUCGGCAACCUGGUGGUGUUGAACUUGUUCCUUGCCUUGUUGCUGAGCUCAUUCAGCGCCGACAACUUGGCUGCGACAGAUGAUGACGGCGAGCCCAACAACCUGCAGAUUUCAGUCAAGCGCAUAAAGGUAGGGAUCGCAUGGAUAAAAGUGAAGGUGCGGCUACUGAUGGCCGCCCUGCUAAAGAAGCCACCGAUGGAGGACGAGCAGAAGCCUUUGGACGACAUGUAUGACAAGAAGCUGAACUGCAUCGCUAAUCACACUGGGGUGGACAUCAACCGCGACCUGGACUACGCCAAGAACGGCAACGGCACCACUAGCGGCAUAGGCAGCAGCGUGGGGAAGUACAUGAUCGACGAGGACCACAUGUCUUUCAUCCACAACCCGAAUCUGACCGUCUGCGUGCCCAUAGCUGUGGGAGAGUCCGACUUUGAGAACCUCAACACGGAGGACUUCAGUAGCGAGUCGGAAUGUGAGAACAGCAAAGAGCUGGAUGAAACCAGCUCGUCAGAGGGCAGCACCAUCGACAUCAAGCCAGAUGUGGUGGAGGAGGUGAUAGUGGAGGCGGUGGAGGAAUACUUGGAACCAGAGGCCUGCUGGACAGAGGGUUGCAUCGCAAAGUAUAAGUGCUGUGAUGUUCCGAUCAAUGAGGGCUGGGGGAAGCCCUGGUGGUUCCUGAGAAAAACCUGCUUCCUGAUUGUGGAACACAACUGGUUUGAAAGCCUCAUCAUCUUCAUGAUCCUCCUCAGCAGUGGCGCCCUGGCCUUUGAGGACGUGUACAUCGAGCAGAGGAAAACCAUUCGGAUCAUCCUGGAGUACGCCGACAGGGUUUUCACCUACAUCUUCAUCCUGGAGAUGUUGCUGAAGUGGGUUGCCUACGGUUUUGUCAAGUACUUCACCAACGCCUGGUGCUGGCUGGACUUCUUCAUUGUGGAUGUGGUAGUCAACGCCUUGGUGGGUGCCAUCCCUUCCAUUAUGAAUGUGUUGCUGGUUUGCCUCAUCUUUUGGCUGAUUUUCAGUAUCAUGGGGGUCAACCUGUUUGCGGGCAAGUACUACUACUGUUUCAAUCAGACGUCCGAGGAAUACUUCUCAGUUGACGUGGUCAACAACAAGACCCAGUGUGAGGCCCUCAUGCACCAAAACUUUACUGAGGUCAGGUGGAAGAACGUCAAGAUCAACUUUGACAAUGUGGGCGCCGGCUACCUCGCCCUGCUGCAAGUGGCCACGUUCAAAGGCUGGAUGGACAUUAUGUACGCGGCUGUGGAUUCCAGAGAGGUGGAAGACCAACCAGACUACGAAGUCAACAUCUACAUGUACAUCUACUUUGUGGUUUUCAUCAUAUUUGGCUCCUUCUUCACCCUCAACCUCUUUAUUGGUGUGAUCAUUGAUAACUUCAACCAGCAAAAGAAAAAGUUUGGAGGUCAGGACAUCUUCAUGACAGAGGAACAGAAGAAGUACUACAACGCCAUGAAAAAACUGGGGUCCAAAAAGCCGCAAAAGCCUAUUCCUCGACCACAGAACAUGAUCCAGGGAAUGGUGUUUGACUUCGUGCAGCAGCAGGUUUUCGACAUCUCCAUCAUGAUACUGAUCUGCCUCAACAUGGUCACCAUGAUGGUGGAAACAGACGAUCAGUCGGACGACACGGAGAACGUCCUCUACUGGGUCAACUUCAUCUUCAUUGUAGUCUUCACCACAGAGUUCCUGCUUAAGCUCUUUGCCCUUCGCCACUAUUACUUCACCAACGGCUGGAAUAUUUUCGACGUGGUGGUGGUCAUCCUGUCUAUUGUUGGUAUGUUCUUGGCAGAUAUCAUUGAGAAGUACUUUGUGUCACCAACCCUGUUCAGGGUGAUCCGGCUGGCUCGUAUCGGUCGGAUCCUCCGUCUGAUUAAAGGAGCGAAGGGCAUCCGGACAUUGCUCUUUGCUUUGAUGAUGUCACUGCCAGCCCUGUUCAACAUUGGCUUACUGCUCUUCCUGGUCAUGUUCAUCUUCUCCAUCUUCGGCAUGUCUAACUUUGGCUACGUGAAGCACGGAGCGGGCAUUGACGACCUGUACAACUUUGAAACCUUUGGUAACAGCAUGAUUAUUCUGUUCAUGAUCACUACGUCGGCUGGAUGGGACGGCUUGCUGCUGCCGAUCCUCAACUACCCACCAGACUGCGACCCCCGCUACGAGAACCCCGGGACAUCUGUGAAGGGGGACUGUGGUAAUCCCUCGGUGGGAAUCUUCUUUUUUGUCAUGUACAUCAUCAUUUCUUUCCUGAUUGUGGUCAACAUGUACAUUGCCAUCAUCUUGGAGAACUUCAGUGUGGCUACAGAGGAAAGUGCUGAUCCACUCAGUGAGGACGACUUUGAGACCUUCUACGAGAUCUGGGAGAAGUUUGACCCCACUGCCUCUCAGUUCAUCACUUUCGCCAAGCUGUCUGACUUUGCAGACGCAUUGGAGCAUCCGCUCCGCGUUCCAAAGCCCAACACUAUAGAACUAAUUGCCAUGGACAUGCCCAUGGUGAGUGGCGACCGCAUUCACUGCCUGGACAUCCUGUUUGCCUUCACAAAGCGUGUGCUGGGUGACAGUGGUGAGUUGGACAUGCUGAGGGAGCAGAUGGAACAGCGUUUUGUGCAAGCCAACCCCUCCAAGGUUUCGUAUGAACCCAUCACCACCACACUGCGCCGCAAACAGGAAGAUGUCUCUGCCAGAACUAUCCAGAAUGCCUACCGCUGUCACCUCAUCAGGCGUGGCAUCAUCUUCAAGCGCCGCACUUUUACUAACAAUAAGCUUGAAAAUGGUGGGACCAACCAGGAGAAGAAAGAGAGCACGCCAUCCACAGCCUCUCUUCCCUCUUACGACAGCGUGACCAAACCUGACAAGGAGAAGCAGGAUGAGAACAAAGAGGAGUGGGCCAGGAAAGAGAAGGACAAAAACCAAAAAGACGAGUGGGAAUCCAAGUGUUAGGGUUCAGUGACUCUUAAAAUCCAAUAAAACACAGCGAGAUGAGACUCUGAGCCCAAACCCAACAAAUGUAGAAAAAGUGAUCAUUUGCAAUUAAGAAAAAACAAAACAACAAAACCGUAAAAAAAAAUGUUUACAGACUCAAACACUACUGAGACAAUGGGGUUUCUUAUGUCGUCAAAGACAGAUGAACCAAACAAAAUCAGUUUACCGUGGAACUUUAGCUGUGUAGUGACCAAGUUCAUAAAAACGAGGGACAAAAACCCAAAAAUGAAAAACUGACUGAGAAAGUGUGCUGGCCAAUGACACAGAUUUCUUUGUGGACCAACUGCCAAGACACAGAAAUCUCUGCUAUGAUUGGAGAAUUGCAAAAUCCCUGCCACCACCAUGUGUGGAAAUCCCAGCUCUUUACUGCUAUGGGACUGGAUCCAACAGAUCCCACUAGAACUGUGCUAGCAGUCUACAGAAGGGUUUACCAUCUUUAUCAAAGGAGAGGACAAUAAUCAACCGAGCAAGUUUAGCUAGGAAGGAAACACUUGCGAGGGAGGGGGGAAACCCAGAACUGCACUCAAGAUUUUUUGUUUGUUUGUUUGUGCUGAGUAUACUUGCAUCUUUACAUUAUUUGAGCAGCAAAAAAAGAGAUAACAUUUAGCCCAUGUCACUAGUCUUUUCAUCUCUUCUUUGUUAUACUGACACUGAAAAAAACAUUCUUUUACAUGGGCUUUCACACUGACCGGGUAGGGGUCUUUAGUCAUUGUUUUGACUUGGGCUGAAGGAGACUUGUUCAGACCGAGUUCCAGAUAAAUAAUGAUUAUUGUGGUUGUGCGAUGCAUAGAAGUGACUUGCAUGAAGGCAUGUUUUGAUCAGGAAUCAUGCAUGAGUAAUCAUAGUCCACAAGACACUAAUUCUCAGACCGCUGCUGUGGCGUGACUAUACGUUUGAGGCUAUUCACUGGGAAAACUGUAAGAACUAUAAAUGGAAACAGGAAGAUAAUGAGGAUGAUGAUAUAUAGAGAAUACUUGGGGGAAUGAUAUUCCUAUGAUCCCGUCCUUCACUAGUUCUGUUUUUCAACUGACUUAGUCUUUUAUAAUUCAGCCCUUCAUGAAAAUUUCAGGUGAAUGACGAGACGUAAGUACUCAGAGGCAACGUUGCAAUCGGAUAAACCAACAACACAAGAUAGAAACGUUUUUUUGCUGCUCUGAAUGUGAAUAGUUUAGAAAGCGUGUGGAGUGUAUGAGUGUUAGGAGGCAGAGUAUCUUCAUAUGGAAUAUAUAUGCACAGAUUUAGAGGUCCUGAACCAAAUCAGGGGCUUAGAUCUUUUCUUAUUUUUCUACAUCCAUCCUAUACAGUCACUCUCCUUACUUUCCUCUGGUCCCUGUCGCGGCAAUGAGAGCUGGAGAUGUGUCACGCCAAGGAAUCUGUAUCUGGCACCAGUAAAGUCCGGUGUGCUCAAUAGAUCUUAUCUACUGCUGUAGUUCCUGGUGAAGGGACAGAAAUUAUUAACCUAAUACAUUUUUUUCAUUGUUUUGAUAUUUAUUUAGUUUUGAGCUAGUGGAAGAACAGAAAACCACAUCAAGAUACAUUAGGCUGUAUUUUAGCAGAUUCAUUUUCCUUACAAUUCCUCUUUUCUACUCUAUAAGAUCCACAUCAGAAUUUCCCAGUAAGUGACGUCUUUUAAGGUAGUGCAUUUCGGACAAUUUGAGUUGCCAGCUUUAGAGUAAAAAAGCCUUGAAGUCCUUCUCUGAUGUCCUUGUGGUACAAUCAUUCUCAGAAAAGGCUUUUGAUCAGUGAGAGUGACACUGACCAUCUGAAACAGCUAAGAAUUAUCACAAGGACAUGCCUCGUCGUGCCUAGCAUGUAUGCAAGGUGGAUCGCCAUGAAGGGCUUGUGGUUUUGUCCGCAGAAUCGAGUGGUUUUUGUCUGAUGUAACAGGGAGGUGAGCAGAUGAGAAAUAACACAGUAUGAACGUGGACUGAUAAAGAGGCGGAGCCCCUCCCUUCAGGGUUUUAGACUGACUGCCAUGAGAACAAGAAAGAAGCGCAAGAGCGGAAGAAGAAGAGAUUAGUGCUUUGGUCUGAGUCGGAGUGCUGAAAGUCCCAUGUUUGUCAGUGUAUCAUUGUGCUUUUGUGGGACCUCUUAAACACUGUGUGGUGUUGGACCCAGGCUCGCACCAUCUUUUCACGUACGUGCAGGCUUUUCAAAACACUAUCACCCGCUUCAAAAAAGAAUUAGCCAGAGAUAGAGGUAGAAACCCUAGCACUCGCCGAGAUUAAACAUCAGCAGGCCUCACAUCGACACAGCUAUGUUGUAUAAUAAGCUUUGUGGGUGUUUUUCAUUAAAAAAACAAAACAAAAAAUUGAGGCUUUGUCAAGAGGUUGACAAGACACAACUGCCUCCAAUGCGUGUUCCUGCCAUUUCUUUUUUACACAGGAGUGAUGGUCCUAUUUACAAAUGGAUGACCGGACAAAAAUCUGGCAUCCGUCGACGCACCACUGAUGCUAUUUGGUGUGUUUAACACUGCCUGUACCAGAACCCCCUGUCUGUAACAAUAACUGUGGUCUGUUUACAAUAUGAGGUCUCCGAGUCAGUUUGGCUGCUGCACACUGAAACCAAAUACAUUCCCAAUGAGAACCACAUGAGGUGUGAGUAAUACCAUCCAAUUUACCCAUGUUCAUCUUGGAUGUAAUGUUUUAGAAUGAUACAUUCACACUUGAAAAAAAAAGA